CUACCACGAAGCCGGAAGGAAAUUGUCUAUGGCAAGGGGAAAACUCCACCCAGCCAUAAGAGGUGAUGGCUGCUGCCUCUGAGGCUGCAAACUCUGAGGGGAAACAGCUUCCUAAUAAGACAGAAACGGUGAUCUGGAAGCCCAGAAAAGAAUGUUUGCUGCAGAAUAUUCCAAAUGUUCCUGAUGGCACGUCUGAAGAAAGUGUAUCUGCCUCUACCUCUCCCAAUGAAGGUGAUGUCAGUGGCUCUACUGAUGAGGGAUGGUACAAUAUAUAUGCUGACCUGGAUGUGUGGGACAGUGAAGUUUCCAAUAUACCUGAGUCCUCAGUACAGCAGGAUGUAUCUGAACAUGAGGUGGAGGACUGGGAUAAAGAGCUGGAGGAGUCUACGUAUGGUCCUUAUGAUGCUGACGAUCUCUCCUGUGGAAGCUUUGAGGAAAAUAAUCAUUUCGGUUCAUAUGUAUGGAAGGAGGAUUGGUUUUACAACCCAGGCUGUGACCAUGCACCUUGCUUUGUUUUUCCACCACGAUUUAGAACAGUUGAGAAGGGCCAGUUUGAUGAUGCUGAUGAAUGAGGUUGAGCCUGGUCAGAAAUAAGUUUGGCUUCUGUGUUGGAUUAUGUUCUUCAGCGACUGAACUGUGUUGCGUCCCUUGGCUUUUUUGCAGAAUUGGGCCUGAGGCCAGAAAUGUGAUGCCAUCUCCAGAGUUUUGCUUAGACUGUUUCUGAGCUGUUCAUAAACUACUCACCCUUGCUCUGGAGACAAGAGUGCUGGGUGCAAGGAGUUAGUGCAUUUCUGGGGGUUUUGUUUGUAUUAUGGAGAUCUAUGUUGUUAAUUAAUUGCUUGAGAAGUAUUUGAUUUCUAAACUUCAGCUUGUUUGUCAGGCUUCUGUCGUUUUUGACAUGCUGAUCCCUGUGUUUUUGUGUAAUUUUCAGUUUUCUUUCCUUUUCAUUUGAUGCUGUCAGAUUGGUUUGGAUAGCUUUAAAAACUCUUCCUCCUUCAAGCUUGUAUGUUGUAUUUCCAUAUGGUUCUAAUGUCCAUUUGUGAUUCUUAUACUGGUGUUUGACAAAAUUAGCUGUGGUGAAUACAGAACAAGUUGUUUUGUGUUUAUUUUUAUGAAUUUCAGCAUAGAGGAAUUUCAAAUACACGAUGCACAUUUUGCAAAUACACAUGUUGAUAUAUAGGGUGGCUGCUCCAUCCAGUAGGAAUGCUGGGUGCUUAAGGCUGCCUUCCAAUACAGAUUUCUUCACAUCAGGCCUUCUUGUGUAUGGUCAUAUUACCCUAGAGUCCCACAGUUCGCUUUAUUACAUCCUCAUGCAACAUCAGAUGUGCAAUGACAAGGAAAAUAUCCCUGCUUUUAUAUGUAUAUGUAUAUAUGCGUGUGUGUGUGUAUAUAUAUGCGCAUGUAUGUAUAUAUUGCAGUAUAUAA